AUGGAUGGCCCCCGCUUCUCUAAGCUUAAGUCUGCUUUUGAAAAGAUGCUUGAUCAAAUCUUCCAAGAAACAGAUAGUCUGCCCAUCUCUGCCAAAGAGGAAAUUCAAUCGCAAUUCACUCAAAUCCUUCUUAAGUACUCCCUGCCCUCUAAACUCAAUGAACUAGAUGCCAGACUCGAACGGCCCACCCCAUUUUAUGACGUCACCAACGAAUCAGAAAUAGAGAAGAUUCUUACUUCUUAUCUUCAUUUACCCAUCUCUCAAUUUCUUAAUGCUAUCUCUACAGAAGAACUCAAAAUCAAAAGAGAGAUAAGUAAGUGCCAAGAAGCCGAGACAGAACAGGACAAAGAAAUAGCAGACCUUACCACUCAGAUCAUUGCCUGGGCAGAUAGAGUUAAGACUUCUAUCCAUGCGAUCCGGCGGCACGCCCAAUAA